ACUCAGUCGCUGUCUUACGUCCCCUCAGAAGAUCUCUCCGAGGAAGAUUUGGAUUCCUGCCUGAAUUUGUUUCGAGCGAACAUGGGCCAGAUGUAUCUCGACAGUUCGUGGGGUCUCGAUAUGACCAAAAAAGCGGCCGAAUUUCAACAUCGCAAAGCUAGGUUUGUGCUGAUUCACCAGAUUAAUUCCAACGCGGAGGACAAUCAUGACAUAGGCAUUAGCGAUAGGCCCGUGACGGCAUCCACGCUUGCUGCAUUUGUGCACUUUCGGUUCGAAUACGAUGACAAUGACGAUCCUUCCACGAUCGUCUUGUACAUUUACGAAAUCCAAGUGGCCGAGGCGUACCGAAGAAAAGGUCUCGGACAAAAGCUCAUGGCGCUCAUGGAACAAAUCGGCUGCGCAGUACAGAUGAGCAAAAUACUGCUGACGGUUUUUAAAAAGAAUACGCAGGCCAUGCAAUUCUACACUGAAAAGCUUUGCUACGGCGUGGACGAAAGCAGUCCCAGCAAGUUUGGGAAAUUUGCCGAUUACGAGAUUCUGAGCAAACCGCUAUAG